AUGUGCCCCCCUUCCUCUGCAGUGCUUCCGGGGAGAAGACUGAUGCCUGGUCGGCUGCUGAUGCGAGGCAAAGCUCGUCAUGGUGGUGGUGGUGGUGUUGGUGGUGGUGGUGUUGAGCAGCAACCCUGCCGACCUACCGCCAGCCCGAUCAACCCACACACCACCCUCCUCCCCCCACGCACCACCACCACUACUGCCACCACCCUUCUCCUCGUGUGCUCCUUGCUCGAUGUUUUGCAGUUGGAGCGCGAUCCUUUUAGGGUUCGGAUGGUUCGACGAGGGGCCUGCCUGCCCCUCCCAGGCCGGCCACCCGACUCGCUGCGGGUGUGCGGCGAGCAAGCGGGCAGUACUUACUGA